UUCAUCAGCCAUGUGGAUAACAGUGUAAAGGCAAAACUGGAGCCAUUUCUAAAUUUGUCAGGUGAUGAGAGCUAUCAAAAUCGCGACCUUGAGAAGAUCGCUCAACAAGUAUCAAAGCAAUUUUAUGAUGAAAAAGUUAAGCCAUCUACAUUGAUUCCAAAACAAGUUGGAAAUAUGUAUACAGCAUCCCUAUAUGCUGCACUUGCAUCAGUUAUUCAUAAUAAGCAUAGCACCCUGGUUGAUCAGCGUAUAGUUAUGUUCUCAUAUGGCAGUGGCCUUGCUUCAACCAUGUUUUCGUUAAAGCUUAAUGGUGGUCAACAUCCAUUCAGCUUAUCACACAUAGCCUCAGUGCUAAAUGUUGUAGAAAAGCUAGAGGCGAGACAUGAGUUUUCGCCGGAGAAAUUCAUCGAGACAAUGCAGCUGAUGGAGCAUCGCUAUGGAGCGAAGGAUUUCGAGACGAGCAAAGACACGAGUUUGCUCUCUCCUGGUACGUUCUACCUCACCCAUGUGGACUCAAUGUACCGGAGAUUUUAUGCUAAG